UUAGCAGCCACAUACAAGUCGGCCAUAUUAGAGAGAUGGAAAUAAAGCUUCCUUAAUGUUGUCUAUGUCUUUGAAGUACAUCCGUGCAUUUUCUUUUUUAGCAUCUAACCAUUCCUCCCUCGUGGUCCUUUGGUCCCUCAAUCACCCUUUCCCAUAGCCCACCUGCCUAACAUCUCAGUCUUUGAAAAUGCACAGGGAUGCCUGGCUACCUCGCCCUGCCUUCAGUCUCACGGGGCUCAGUCUGUUUUUCACUUUGGUGCCACCUGGGUGGAGCAUGGAAGUCACGGUCCCUAACACCCUCAAUAUCCUCAAUGGGUCUGAUGCCCGCCUGUCCUGUACCUUCAACUCCUGCUAUACCGUGAACCACAAACAGUUCUCCCUGAAUUGGACUUACCAGGAAUGUAGCAAUUGCUCAGAGGAGAUGUUCCUCCAGUUCCGCAUGAAGAUCAUUAAUCUGAAGCUGGAGAGAUUCCGAGACCGUGUGGAGUUCUCUGGGAACCCUAGCAAGUAUGAUGUGUCAGUGACCCUGAAAAACGUGCAGCUGGAGGAUGAGGGCAUUUACAACUGCUAUGUCACCAACCCACCAGACCGCCACCGUGGCCAUGGCAAGAUUUACCUGCAGGUCCUCCUGGAAGAGCCCCCGGAGCGGGACUCCACAGUGGCAGUGAUUGUGGGUGCCUCAGUGGGAGGAUUCCUGGCUGUGGUUAUCUUGGUACUGAUGGUGGUCAAGUGUGUGAGGAGGAAAAAAGAGCAGAAGCUCAGCACAGAUGACCUGAAGACUGAGGAGGAGGGCAAGACGGAUGGCGAAGGCAACGCAGACGAUGGCACCAAGUAACUGACGGUGCCGUAAAGCCCCUCCCUGUGUCCUGUCUCCCCCCACUCUCUGCCCUGUACAGUGUGACCCUGCCUGCCCUCUGUUGGUGUGCUUCUCUUGAAUAGGGUCCUGGGGUCAACCUGGGGCCUCCCUGAGCACCUCACUUCCCAUCCCCCACCCUAUACCAAGGGUGACCCACCUCCCUUCCAUCUGAGAACUGCCAUGCAUCUGGGAUGAGUGGGCCCUGGGGAGAGCAGACAAGGGCUCCAGCCUGCCAGUCUCUGAAAAGUCGGGAGGCAUGCAUGGAGUCCCAAAGAAAGGAUGGGGGGAGGGCAGUGGAGAAAGAGGUCAUCUCGCCCAGGGCUUGGUUUGGUGGUGGCUUCAGAGAGGACUGGGAGGUGGUGGGGAGGGUGUCCUGUUCUGACCAGGGUCAUCUUGGGAAGGCCUCGUGGUGGCUUUGCUGUGCUCCUCUGGCUGCUCCCAGCCCAGAUCAACUAUCAGGCUGGGGUGAAGGUGGGAUCCUAACCUUUGUGGGGGCAUAUUAAAGGGAUGACUGUGCAUUUCCAGGGCACUCAAGGAAAGCUAUGGCUGAGGCAGGUCUGGACAUGAGGCUUGGCCCGGGGAGCUCUGUUCUGACCUUGUUUCCAUUGUUAGCUGCUCCCCCAGGAGACUCUGGUUUGCUGUUGGCUACUGGUUGCUUGGGGGAUGCUGGCAGGGACAAUACUGGAAAAGCAGCUGCAGGUAGGAUGGUGCCCCACCCUAAGGACUCACCAACAAGAGUCCUGGGUCAAAAACUGGCUGAGGGACCAAGGGGUUUCAUGAAAAAAGUUUGGCUGCAAGACUACCUUCUCUGACAAGGCCCUGACCAGCAGGAGCAGGAGCAGGAGCCGAGGCUCAGAACUGAGGGGGCCCCUAGGUGUAGGGGGCAACUUCCAGCAGGGCUUCAAUUUGGGGGUUUCCAGCUGCCCUCUGCAGGGCUUUCAUCUGACUUUUGGCAAGAGGAAGAUAGGGAAGGCCGGAGGGAAGUGUGAGAGGAGGCUUUGGAGCCUCUGAGCCCUGCCCCACAGCUCACUUUGUGGGGAAGAAAGUAGCGUGUGUGGGACACCAACUUCACUGCUGUUCUGCUCCUUCUGAGGAAACUGUUUAAGCCUGGAGAGAGGGAGAAAGGCAGGCAGAAACUGCCAAGCAGAGACUACAAUGUUGGAAGACCCUCAGAUGAUAACUAGCCCAGUCCCUCCUACCACAGAUGGGGAAACUGAGGGUCCCACCCCUGUUCUGGCUUCUCCACCUCCAGUUUGAAUAAACUGAGCUUCCUGGUGGGAGACCCUCUGGGACCUGGGAGGCAUGUGUGUGGUACAUCUAGCCCUGCUACCCUCCCUGGAGCUCAAGUGGCCCCUAUAAGCUCAGGGAGUUAGCUGUCUAGGCUUGGGAAAUGAGUGUGGUGGAGAAAAGACCACGAUAGUCUCAGGGACCAACCCUUGCCUCUGCCCAUCAGAUGGCCAACUAGAAGACAGAAUGAUAGCAGACAAGAGGUUCAGCUUAAUUCACUUCACUUCAACAACCAUUUAUUGAGUGCCUGCUCUGUGUCAGGCACUGUACUGGGUGCCAGGGCUGCAUCCAAAGCCAUAACAGAGUUGGAAACUGCCAGAUCAGCACUGUAGGACCAAGAUUCAUUUUUUUGGUGCAUUUACUUCCAUCUCUGCAGCCACUGCUUCCAUGAUGAGAGCUAGGGGAGAAGGAAGGGGCUCUAGAACCUGGGGCUCAGGAAGGUUAAGAGUUCAACGGAGGAGAGAAGGUACCACUUAGGAGGGCUGAAGAGGCCAGGUAGGGUGGGUGUGAAGUAGGGCAUGGGCACCCAGCCAGAAAGCUCCUGGGUAAGGUGAGUUUAACCCUUCUGGAAAUUCUAAACUCCUUGGCUCAGUACCUAACUGCCAAUUAACACACUGCCAAUGGGAGUGGGCUAAGCCACCAGGAUGCCUGGAGCCAGGCCUGUCCUUCAAGCCAACAGCUAGGACUGGAGAGGUGGGUGGUGGGCACCUCAAGCCAGCUGAGACCAAGGGUGGUGGCAUAUAUUUAUGCAGUUGUCAUUUUUGGUCACCUUAUAUGUGCCCUCCUCUCUCAGGAUGAGGAUCUGCACUGCCAGGACAUUUUUCUCUUUCUAGAACUCACUUGGGUAGGUUACCUGCAAGAUCCCCUAGGGUUAUUCUAAGAAAUCCUGUCUCCUUUAAGAAGCUGAAGGAUCCUGGGGUCUUUUUUUCUUCUUUGCCCGGACUGAGCGGGCCCGGGAAAGUAAUGUCUGUUCCUGUACCUCAGGGGUCAGAGCGAAUACUGCAGGGUCAGACACCAUCUCUACCCCAGGUACUUGCCUUAGCAUGGUCUCAGAGCUGCCUCCCACAGGGCAGUGAGACCAAGAGCAAAAUGGGGCUUCUGUGAGUGGAGGUGGGGAGCUGUGAGGUGUUUCCACAACAGCCACGACUCAGCCUUGCUUCCUAGCUUAUGCCAGCAAGCAGCUCUCCUGCUGCAGUGUGGAGUUCGGGCCCACUUCUGGCUGCACGCUCCCACCACUGUACUCUGCUGGUUUCAAUCUGCACUGCGCUCAACCACCCCUGCCUCUCCUGCUCUCUCCAAACCCCCUCCACACACCCCAUCUGUCACUUACUCCUAAUUAAGGGCCACUGCAAAGAGAUGGGCUGACUAACCCAUGGGAUUUAGCUUAUAAGAACAAAGCACAAUUUUUCAGGACUGAAAAAUGCCUUGAGGUGCCUUGGAACUGGCUUUGGAAAUAGCUCUCUGCCCCUCUAGCUGUGGACUCCUCAGUUAUUCCCAGUUUAUAAUAAGGAAAAGCUGACUGGAUCCACAUUUCCUUGGGAGUCUCCAUGGGGAAGUUGGGCUGGUAAAUAUUUACAAGGUCAGGUUAAGCAGGUAGACAACUGGAAAUACUCGCCAGGUCCGGGAAGAUGAUUCCAGGCCAUAGAAAUGGCUUGGUGCAGUUGGAAUGGAUGAUAUAUCAAGAACUCUUUCUUCCUACAUACGUCUUAAGGAUAGACAGCCUAUGUCCCUUGCUGUGCCUCUUGCGAUGUCUUCCUUUAUUAAAGCUUGCUGAUGCAUUUGUACAUAGCUUUUCUAUAUAGGUAUAGAUAUAUUAUAUAUACAAAAUAUAAAACAUCUCACUAUGCCCACCCCAAAAUUUACAUUGUGGGAGAGAAUGUGGGAAAAGUCACAUUGUAAUCAUGUCUCGGUUUUUUUAAUUGAUUCACCAAAGGCACAUUAUGGAAUGUUCUUUAUGUUCUUUAGGGGAAAACCUGGCUGCGUAAGUACUUAUACAAGUCUAGGUUUUUCAUAGUGUGGUGGUUGGAGGUGGUGGUUGGGAGGGGAGAGAAACAUAAACAAAUGAUCCUCUGUGACCUGACUACUGGGAUGUAUCUGCUUCUGGGAGAAGACUGGGUUUCUUUUGCAGUUUGUCUGAUUGCUUGGAUAUGUUGGCUACAAUAAACACACUGUCUCCCCUGAA